AUGUCAAUUUAUCUGAAGAGUAUAAGCGAUAACGGAGAUUCAUGGCCAGAAAAAUUCAUCGAAGACACAGACGUGUUCAACAAGAAUCCAAGCGAGAUGUUCGAGUUUGAGAACCCUACCUUCGUCUUCGUUUACCCUAGAACAGAAGCCUGUGGUAAAACCGAUGGAUGCGACUCUGGUUCGUGGAGGAUCAUCAUCGUUAAUGAUAAAAUUAUCAAGAACGAGGAUACUGGGAAGUUUCUAGGGUUCAAGAAGAUUCUCAAGUCCUGCUUACAGACGAAACCAAGAGAGUACAAGAGAACAUGGGUGAUGGAGGAGUACAGGCUUCCAAGUAAAUGGAACCCUAAACAAGAUCACGUGGUUUGCAAGAUUCAGCUUUUGUUCCAAACCGAGAUCAGACAUUUUGAUAUUGAGAAGGGAGAAGAAGUGUUGCGAACUUGGAUUAUGGAAGGUAUAGACUUGUGGAAGAAGCAAUGA